AUAAAAAUAAUAUUGUUUAUACACGUUUCUAGAAAUAAUCUUCAUAGAAAAGUAGAUAGUAGAAAUAGUAGGUUAAUAUUAAAUAGAAAUCAGCAUUAAGGAUGUGGUAGGAUAAAAGUGCGUAGGUGCUAAUAUCUUUGGUUCCGGCCCUGCUUUCAUGUAUUCCAAAUUUAAUUUCACAGCUUUGGAUUCCGUGUGAAAUAAAAUGUAACGUUCCAAUAACGUAAAUGAUAAAAAUUGAAUCUUCUUUGUUACUUAAAAUGUAACCAAAGUGUAUUAAAGUUGAAAAUAAGAGAUUUAUGAAAAAAAGUAUAAGAAGCAGGUGAAAAUAUAACCAAAGAAAGACCAAAAUAGUAAGCCGUCUGUGUAAGUGAGGGAGAUCAAGUGUAUAAGGAGAAGAAGUCAGGUACGGCUAUGCACUUUUUCUGUCUUCCUUUAUCCAACGAAGACGCAGAAGAAGUUCCUUGUCCGAAGUGCAUUAAAAGGCUGUCUAACUUAAACGGGCAGUUGGCAGCCGUGCGUAAAAGAAAUAAAUAAUCAAAGCGACCAUGAAGUGACAAAUAAAGUUGAACGAACAAUGCUCGAAAAUAUCGCGAGAGAAAUAGUUAACGGGGUGUAUUAGACUUGUUCGUAUGUUUUCAAAAGGUCUUCCGCGAUGUAACGUGGUGUAUUCUACUAUGUAAUAAUUUAAGGUGCGUUAUGUAUUUCUUGUGGAAUCGAGGCUGACAUUUGGAUAUUUUCCUACUUACAAUAUCUUGAUAUUGGUCCUUUACCUUAGCAUACUCGUAUCGGUUGUAUUCUUACAACAUAAAUCGAGUACUAAGUCGUCGAACCAAUAUAUUAGGUUUCAUUUCAUUAAAUGUUUAAAAAAAAAUACAAUUUUUUAUUCGUUAAUAUAUAACUUUAUUAUACCGGGAAGAAUUAACUUCACGGCCAUGCUUUCCUCAAGGAUAAUAUUCAAAUAUAUAUAUUAUUAAUCAAGGACUUUAGUUUAACUAGUGAAUGUUUUUUCAUUGAUAUAACCUCCAAUAAUUCCGCGUUCUGCGGGAUCCUAGUGGCCAUGCAUCUGGCCCUUAUAUUAUCUACCAACGUCUGACAUUGUACUUAUCAUACGCAAUACUUCAAACAUGAAAACAGAGAAAAAGACAAGUGAGCCAAGUUGCGUACCUACAACUGUUGUCAAGGAGGAACCCGAUACCGAUUCUGUCAAGAUCAAGGAAGAAGGUACUGGUGGUAAUAACGAGGAUGUUUCUGGUGAAGAUACAACAGAGUGUCCAAGAGAUCCUUGUUUGGAUCCUACCAGUGGGGAUGGAACAAUGUCUGUAGAGAAUCAAAGUAGUAAUGGAAAUCAACCGAUUCUAAAUUCUGUCAAACAAGAAAGCGAUCACAAUAACCCAGCUGAUGAUUUGCCAGAUUGCAGUGAAAAUGUUAUUACCAACGAUGGAAUACAACCACUUGUUAGCAACGUUCUUGGAAAACAAAUAGGCACUAGUACGAGUAGUGGAGAAGCACAAUAUAUGCAACAACAAAGUCAAAUCUUUGUCUUCUCCACGGCAUUAGCUAACAAAAGUGCUGAAGCGGUUCUACAAGGACAAUAUUCAACUAUUAUCGCUUAUCAUUGUGCACAACCUGGCACAAAAAAAUAUUUGGAGAAGCAUCCAAAUAAAAUGAAUCAAUUUCGACAAAAUCCAGCACAAUGGUUGAAUAAUCUUGCUAUAAUGAAACAAAAAAGUCAUCAAGGUAGUUCGACUACUACUUUUCCAACUGAACAACCUCCCGAUCUACCAGCACUUGAUCCAAAUACUCCACAAUUUUGGAACGAACCUAAUAUACGUAACUUAAAUGGUGGCAAUUCUCUCGGAAAUUCAGAGCCAUCAUUAGAUGAUACAAAUAUAAAUGUGCCUUCUUGCCUAGUGCCGAAUUCACCCAGUAAUUCAGCUAAUCCUCAACCAUCUAAUAAUGCAACAAUGGGUCACAGUCCAAGUUUGCUAAGUGGUACUACAAGCCCAGGUCCAGGGAGUUUACAGCCAUCGUUACAGGGUGUUAAGGUGCCAGAUGAGAAUCUAACACCACAACAAAGGCAACAUAGAGAAGUUCAAUUGGCAACUAUUAGAAAAAUGCAAAUGAUGUUAUUUCCUGAACAUAAAGAAGAUUCUUCAAAUGCAUUAGAUGGUACUCAAGGAACACCGGUAUCAUCAUGUCCUCAAACGAAUGUCCCAUCUGGUGUACCAAAUCAAUGUCCUCCCAGUAUGGAUUGGCACAAAUUACAACAUCAAUUUUUGGAUAACAAAAAUAAGGCAAGUGUUGGUAGUCCUGGCGCGGUUCCAUUACGUGGUGCCAAUAUGAUUGGAGUUCCACGCAGUCAAGGACCACCACCGCCAUAUCAUCAAACAACACGAUCUGCGAGUGUACCAAUUGCAAUUCAAAGUCCAAAUCCAUCAUCUCCUAACAAUCCCACUAGUAAUUUAUCAUUACCAUCGCCUCGUGCGAGCUCAGCUUUGAAUUCGCCAGCUGAUUGUAACAGACAAUUUCAACUUGGUAAUCAAAGAAGUGGACAUUUGCCAGGACAAAGUCCGACCAGUCAAGAUUCUCCAAAUCCUACAGUUGGUUCAAAUGCUGUCUCGAGUGCACGAUUAAAUCAUAGUAAUCCUGGAACACCAGUUUCUCAUUCUCAUAUUAUUGCCCUAAGUCCUAAUGCUCCUCAAAAGGAUAAUUCUCUUGAUUUUCCCACAAGUCAACCACCAAAUGUGGACGGAAUGUUUUGUCGAACAUUGCAAUCGUUAGCUCAACAAAAACAACAGCAUAGUGGAACAGUGAAUGCGGCGGGUGUAAAAGAAGCAAAUCUUAUGCCUGUACCUAGUCCUCAACAAAUUCAGUAUUACAACACAUUUGAGGGACAAGAAUUAACAAUACAAAAGCAAGCUAAUACCAGUCUUAAAGAAGGCAAUUUGUCUGCAAAUAAUGGUAAUAAUCCAGAAAUAUCAAAUAGGAUAUUGUCAGGAAAUAUGGAUAACAACAACCAAUUUCCAGCACGAACAGAAGCUGCAAGUCCAGUUCAAAUGGAUAGUAUGAAUAGAGGUUUUACAGGCUCUUUACAUAGUCCUCACACGCCACAUACACCGCAUACUCCUGGAAGUGGUGCUCCCCAUACUCCUGCUGAUUCAACAAAACCAGGAAAUAAAUCGAGUGCUAGUGCUCAAAGUAGUCCUGCGCCGCAUAAUACUAGUGUAUCAGAUAGUAUGGGACCACCGCGAGCUGUCCAAGCAUCACCCACGACAAAACCUGACACAUCACCUCCUUUAUCUAAAGAUAAGCAACAACAGCAGCAGCAGCAACAGCAGCAACAACAACAACAACAACAGCAACAACAGCAGCAGCAGCAACAACAACAACAGCAGCAACAAGUAAAUUCUAAUAAUCCUGGAAACACAACAGUAGUGCCUUCGCUGGGUGCUCCAGGAAUUUCUUUCCCUUGUGCCAGAUCGUCUAUAAAUGUGAGUCAACCUUCUGACAAUGUGCCUCUUAAUCCCAACAAUAUCGCUAGCAGGCUGGGUAAUUUGAGUGGAGCAAAUACAAACCAUUUUGAUCCUAUAAGUUCGUUAGCACAAAUGAGUCAACAGCUAACAAAUACAGCCACGAGUAAUUCGUUAGGUAACGAAGGUCCGAUACAUUCUGGUAAUCCUGGAAUGAUGCAAUUUGGCAAUCCACAUGGUAUUCACAUGAUACAAAUGAAUAGUGAAAUGAAUGGAGGUUGUCACGUGGGUGGUCCAACUAGUGAACCAGGUGAAGUCAGUGGAAUGUGUAUGGGAUUAGCAGGACCACCGACAAGCUACAGUCCUACUACUACGCAUACUGGAAGUCCAGGGGUUCCUAGUAAAAUGGGACAUCCUAUGAUGGGUCAUGGAAUAAUGAGUAGCCAUUCGGGAGGUCAAGGUAGCGGAUAUCCAGGAGGUGAACCUCACGCGCCAUCGCCAAGAUUGAUGACGGGACAUGUCACAGGACCGAAUCCUUACAAUGGAACAAACGUUCAAGUAAAACCUAAUGCUCCAAAUACUAUACAGUAUCUACCAGCAAGGCCCAACGUGGGACACGCGCCUAGAGGACCACCUAGUUUGGAAUUUCUUCACAGAUUUACUAAUCCCUUAUCUAAUUUGGAAUCUAAAAUGCCCACACCUUCGGUAAAUCUUCAGUACUUCCCAAAUGGUUGUUUACCAAAUAAUAUGGGUCCACAUAGUGGAAUGCCAUCCACAAUGAAUGCUGGACUUCCUGGUAUGGGAGGGUCCCCAAGAAUGGAUGGACAGCCAAUGAAUACGUCAGUUGGUGUACAUCCUUCUAUGAGACCAGUUAGUAACAUGCGGCCUCAACCUAACGUAAUGCGUAUGCAGUAUAUGGUUGGUGGGGGCGUUUUUCCAGGCAAUUCUAUGGAUCCUGAUAAAGUCUUCCCACCUGAUAUGGUAUCGCAGGUACCUAAUCAAUCAAAUCCGGGUAUGUAUGUAUCUGGUAGUAAAGGUAGUCCUAUGGGAUUGGGACCACCUCCUGAUGCUACUCAACCACUACCUCCAAGUAUGGGUGGCACUACGAGUAAUUUUAAAAACAGUCCAUUCGUGGGUAGUGGUCCGAAUAUGUCGGAUCCUAAUUAUGCUCAACAGUUCCAUCACUUCCAACAACAGCUUUAUGCCACUGGAACAAGAGGUAGUGGGCCACCACACCCUAAUUUACAUCCACCACCUAAUUCACAUUCACAUCAACAGUUCUUCAUGCCUAAAUAAAUAACAUGAUUAUUGUAAUGUCAGAGUAAGAGAAACUGUGAUCAUUUUUCUGAUGAUCUUUGUAUCUCAAUUACUCAUUAAAUAAGGAAUAAUCCCAUCAUUUAUAACUUUGACAAAUCUUUGAAAGUCUGUUUUGCUAAUGAUUAUAACAUCAAGAAACAACAAAAAAAACAAACAAACAAACAAAUAUUAUUAUGAUUUCAACGUCCAUUAAAUAAUUAUACAAAGUAUAAUAACAAUGUGUUAUAAGAGAAUGCCUGCAGGGGUUGGCAUGUAGCGAGAAGAUAAUUCUCCUCUCGUUUAAUUGUUUCUAAUUUUUUUUUUCUUUUUUUUUUUUUUUUAUAUAUAUAUAUAUAUAUGUAUACUGUGUUAUAUGCAUAAUAUGUUACACCCUACAAAAAAAAGGGACUUCUUUAUUUCUAAAUCUGUUUAGCAUUUUAUGUAUUUUUAAAAACACCCUUUUAGGUCUCUUAUAUCUGUUAUUUUCAAUGGUAUGAAGAUAUGUUUCCCGAUCGUAUUCUUUUUUUCUUUUUUUUUUUUUUUUUUUUUUUUAUAAAUCCCUUCCCUAUUAUUAAGUAUCGAUACACUUGUAAAUUCUAAACGUUCCUGAAAAUAGAGAGGGAACACGCACAACAUACACAACCACACGCGCAUUUUAACGCGCACACACAUCAUACACACAUACAAUAAAACACAUAAAACAGUGUGCGUUGACUAUGUCAACGUGACUAUGUAAAUACUGAUGUAAAAUCUGAUUUUUUCAUAAUUAAUAAUCGUUAUAUCAACGAUUGGAAUGUACGAUGAUGAUUUAUAGGUAAGAAUAAUUGAUAUAUAUUCUGAAGGAGAAGAAGAAAGAAAAAGAAAAGAAAAAGAAAAAGAAAAGGAAAAGGAAUAUUAAAAAGAUGAAGUUCAAGAAAAGUGUCUCAUUCUCCUUUCUCUUUCACACUGUUUCGCGUAGUGUCGUUUGAAAGAGAAAUUGUUCUCGAAUUAA